AUGAAUACAGCUCUUAGAUAACCUUUAUCAUAACAUAACUCUAUUCAUAAAAGAGAAAAUAAACCAGAUUAUAAAUAAGAUCUAAAAUCUUUUUCAUUUAUUAAAUCUAAUGCACUAAAUGUAUAAUCAUAGUAACUAUAAUAAUAAUAAUAAUAAUAAUAAUAAUAAUAAUAAUAAUAAUAAUAAUAAUAAUAAUAAUAGUAAUAAUAAUAAUAAUAGUAAUAAUAAAAGUUAAAUAAUAAUACACAACUACAACUACGCUUUAUACAAAUAAUAAAAUCAAUAAUUAAAUUUAAGAUUUUGAAAUAUUUAUUAAAGCAAUUGAAAGAGUAAAAUUGGAAAAUUAAUAAUUAAUAAUUAAAAUUUCAAGCAUUAUAUUUAAUAAGAUCCUAAAUUUGCAAUUGAGAAUCAAGAUCUAAAAGUAUGAAUAAUAAUUAAUAAUAUAACAAACUUGAUUACCAAAAAUAAAAAUUCAAAUUAUAAGAAAAAACAUACAAUAAACUAUUAUAUCUAUGGAUUUGAAUAGGAAAUAAGAGAAUUAUUCAGUGAAAUUUUAGAUGGAAUAAUAGGAAUCUAAAUAUAGGCGAGCACUUUAGUAGGAAUAAAUAUAAACAAAAUAAGAAAUCUUUAGACUUUGAUAAAUUUUGUAAUAAUAAUCAAAUUUUGAAAAUAAGAAUCAAAAUUUAGUAUAUGACUUGAUAAUAAAUUAAUUUAAUAAGUAAGGAAGGCAAUUAAUAAAAUUAAAAAAAGGGCAAUAAUGUUUUAGAAGAGAAGCUAUCAUAAACAAAUUUUUAAUUUUAUUGUUAAUCUAAAGAUCAAGAGUUCACCGUAUUAAAAUAAUAAGCAAUAAUAACAUCAUAGGAAUAACAUAUUAGUGAAUUGAAAAGUAAAUUAGGUUUUUUAAAAGAAUAAAAUUAAGGUUUAAGGAAUUAAUUAGAAUAAGUAAAGGAAAUAGCAGAAUAAAAGAAAUCAAGCGAAAAUGUUUUGACAAUUAAAAUAAUAUAAGUAGAAAUGGAUUAUGAUCAUCUGUAAUAAACAUAUGAAUAACAUAAGGAAUAAUUAAAAUAGAAAUGA